CUGACAAUAUGGUGUGUGUCUGUAAUAUUGACCACAAAACACAACACAACAAUAUGAAAUUUAAUCGUGGAAUAAAAGAACUUUAAUCAGAGGGAUGUGGUGUUAUAACCUCCCGAAAAACCAUGGCUUACUGCUUUCAAUCUUCAUUAUUGUGGUUGAAAUAGACUCGUUAUCUUCGUCCACGGCUAAUUGUAAGUGUGAACGGGUCGUAGCGAAUGCCAAAUGUUCACAACAAACCGGUUGCAAAGUCGUUUGCAAUAAUGGAUAUUGGGGAAAAAAAUGCGAAUUUGGACGGAUAAGACUGACUAGUGAAUCAGGGUACAUAACAGAAGGCAUUGGUGAUUAUUCUGUUCAUUCCAAAUUUAUGUGGCUAAUUGAUGCUGGAAAUAGAUUGAAUGCUAACAUCCAUUUUCAAAUCGAGGAAUUUUUUACCGAGUGUAAUUGGGAUUAUUUAUAUAUUUUUGAUGGAGACUCCACAUAUUCACCUCUCCUGGCCACUUUAAAUGGCCAUUUGACAAGUGAUGUUAAUUCGACUCAUCUUGGACGGAUACCACAAAAAAUCAUUGCAAAAUCUGGAAAAGCCUUCAUAUAUUUCUAUAGUGACCUUGGAGUCGCCAGAAAAGGAUUCAAUAUUUCAUAUAGAAUAAUAGAAAAUUGUCCUUGUCUCAAUGGGAGUUGUACCACAGCAGGUCUGUGUACAUGUGAUGCUGGCUGGACUGGUGCUCUCUGUAAUAUGAGAAGAAAUUGUUCAAGUACUUCAUGUACGAAUGGUGUUUGUAAUAACACAUUAGGAAUCUGUGUUUGCAAUGACGGUUUUACAGGUGAUGAUUGCAGUCAAUCUGUCACAUCAUCUUAUUGGACCAGUCUAAAAAUAAGAAAGUCAGAUGUUGAUAUUCCUCCAAGAUCCUCGCACACAGCUGGGAUCAUUGGGGAUCACAUGUGGGUGUAUAAUGGAUACAGGUUCUCGGACCCUAAACGUAAACACCAAGACUUGUACAAAUACAAUCUCAAGGACAAGACUUGGUCAAGGUUGACACAAGAGAAUGAAUUAAUAUGGGGUCAUUCAAUGAUUGUUUAUCAGGGAAAGCUCAUUGUAUUUGGUGGUGAACGGAUUAAAGAUGCAAGAAUAUUGAAUACGCUGGCAGUAUUUGAUACAAACUCUAGUCAAUGGAGUUAUCCAGAUCUGUUAAAUUCCAGUCAAUCAAUCCAUCCCAUUGCUGUUACUGGUCAUACUGCUACACUAGUUGAGGAUAAAAUGAUUGUCAUCUUUGGUUUAACUAAAACUGGAUUAUUUCCUGGAAUACAGGAAUAUGAUAUUGUGAACGCUAAAUGGAACAUAAUUCAAGACACAUCAGCUCGUGGUAAUCCACGACAUGGUCACUCCAGUGUUUACGAUCCGUUUUCCAGACGAAUCUAUGUUUAUGGUGGUGUUGUCAUGGAGAAGAAUUCAUUCGUCGCUUCGGAUAGCUUGAUGGUUUAUUUUCCACAUUCUAGAACUUGGGCUGAAUUAGCGGCAAGUAAAUAUCGUCAGACUCUCCAUUCAGCUGUUCUAAUUGAUCGCAUGAUGGUUGUUUUUGGUGGAAACCCUUAUCUUGAUUAUAAAACCCACCCAGCCAAAUGUCACACGACAAAACUUCACGUAUAUGAUCUGACUUGUCAAAAGUGGUACUCUGAAAAUCUACCACAAGUUGUUCAAACUAUGGCACGCUAUGGACACACAGCUGUCGAUAAAGAAAGAACAAUGUAUAUUUUUGGCGGUUUCAAUGGUGCGCUUUUCAAUGACGUAUUAACCUACACUCACGGUGAUUGUGAGCGAAUAUUAAACAAAUCAGAGUGCAUGGGAAAAUAUUUUUCUGCUGGAUGCUAUUGGAACAAAACGAAAUGCGUGAACAAGGAAAGUUUAAAGUCUUCUCCACAAUGUCCAGUCAUGUAUCAAACACCUUGCAAUGAGACGAAAUCUUGUGAUGAAUGUAGCUCCAAUCCUAAAUGUGGCUGGACUAACGAGACUUGUCAGGUGUCUUCACAGGCACACGGGAGCAAGAAAUGUCCGAUAAUCUCUGAAGAUAUUUGUCCAUUCUUCUCCAACUGUGCCAGUUGUAAGACUGCUGGAUGUUACUGGAACGACAGCAAAGGAUGUCGAAAAGACAGAAAUAAUCACAAUUGCAGCAGCACAUGUACUGAUCUCAAAUCACCGCAAACAUGUGUGUCUCGGUCGUGUAUUUGGUGCGAGAAUAUUCAGCGCUGUGUUCAUGAUGAUAUGUACGUUGUUUAUUAUCCUUAUGGACAGUGUUUUGAAUGGACAACUCGUAAGAGCGAUCAUGAAGUUAUAACAUGUGAGAGUAUGGUUACUUGUCGUGAUUGUCUGACACUCCCCAGCUGUGGUUGGAGAGAAACUCCGAUGAGAAGUGGAGCUGGUGAUUGUCUUGAAGGAAGCGCAAGCGGUCCUAGAGAUGGCUCGAAUUAUGGUUACUGGCAUUUUAUUGACUGUCCAUUGUGUCAAUGUAAUGGGCAUAGCAAUUGUUCUGUCAAUUCCAGUGUCUGUCUGAACUGUCGUGAUCAUGCAACAGGAGAGAAAUGUGAAACUUGUGCUUAUGGGUAUUAUGGUAAAUCACUUAAUGGCGAGAAAUGCAAACCCUGUCAAUGCAACGGUCAUGCAGAUACUUGUGAUUCAGAAGGAAAGUGUUCAUGCAACAUGAAAGGUGCAACAGGAGAUCACUGUGAAAAGUGUCAAUCAAGCCAAUAUGAUGGAAAUUCAACCAACGGCGGUUAUUGUUACUAUCGUCUUACGCCUGAUUACUUAUACAGGAUCAAUGUCUCUUCAAAAACAAUAUUCAAUUUUAUUUGUUCGCCAAGAGAGGAUGAUAAGAAUACAAUUGUGAGUGUGAGCAUUGUUAAGGGGGAUCCGCUCCAUCCUGCCUUGCUGAAUGUCUCCAUUGGAAGUGAUGUGUUGGAAGAGGUCUUUCAUAUAACAAACGUAGAGUUAACAUCAAAAUAUGAAGAGAAGUUUUCAAAGGAUAACUAUCCAUUUGGUUCCAACAAUUUCCAUUUUAAAAUCUACGUUUACAAUAUUCCACAAUAUUCAUCAGUUUCUGUAUCAGUUCACCAGCCCAACGAGAAUGGAAUCAAUCUUUUGAAGUUCUUCAUAAUAUUUUUAGCGUGCUUCAUUGGUUUGUUGUUUUUCGCUGUCGUUUUUUGGAAAGCGAAAGUAUUCCUUGACACAUUCAGAAGGACGAGGAGACGAAAUGUUGAAUUAGUUUAUAUGACCAAUCGCCCGUUUGCGUCUGUUCCCAUCUGUGUCGAUAAACCAGGUCAUGUCCCUAUGAAGAGUAAACCAUCGCCACUGACGUCAGAGAUAUGCCGAGGAAGCAAAGCCGCUGUCGUCACGGUGUUAGUCCGCUUACCAGUUUGUGCGCAGACGGAGACCUCCAGUGGAGGAGCGUCUCUUUGUUUGGGGAGUACGUUGGUCAAUUAUAGUGAACAUCAUAGUUCUAAGAUGGUAAACUAUAUGAAAAAUAUCAAACGAAGACGAAACCCUUUUCGCUCUACACCGGGUUAAAAUAUUUUGAGGAAUAAUUUAUGAUGCAUUCUUUGUAAUAGAUCCACUUGAAUUGUGUUUAGUCCUUUUGCAUAUCAAGGGCCUGCAAGGCAUAACAAAUCUAUAUAUUUAUGGUUAGAAGACUCGUGCAUCAAGACUGCGGCAGGGUUUUAGCCCAGAUUCAUGAGACGUUUCCCUUGCAGGCAACAGCUCGACUCAAGCUACUCUUUAUAACCUUAAAACUCUCAUCUGCAUGAUUUUCUCCGCUAAGCAAAAACAAGAUAGAAAACAAACAAUAAGGACAAACACACAUUCCAUAAUGGAUCCAUUACAACAGAGCAUCCUAAUGUUUUAUUUUUUAAAUCAUUGCAUGGGGUAUUCACGAGUGUAAGUAAUGAAGAAACGCCUCUAAUGUAUAUUCUCCUUCCAAUUAUUUUCAUCGAUGUAAAUUUUCUUAGCUAGCAUGAAAAUCUAAAGCGUGCUGUUUCAAAAGAGGCAGAUGAGUUAUUUUCACAAAUCAAUAGUUCACGUUUUCGCCCAGGUUGGGACACCAGGAGUGCAGGAUUACUGCCAGAGGGGAACGAUAGAUACCUCAGGAGGUUCACGUACAUAUCCAGGGUUCUACCUUCUUUGCGGUGGGGCUUCUUAAAUAAAGGGCACCCUCUCUCCCCUCCCUCCUCGUGCACUGCAGUUCCUGUACUCCCGCGCAUGUCCCUUAGAACUCCAUAUAAAUAGCGCAUAUUACUAUUUCAUAUUUUUGAUAUAAUUCUAUAUUCAAAUUUAUAACAGUAUAAUAGGUAAUGGCUGUAAUUAGGUCGCGAUAAGCCCAAUGAAUUGAUAAGUGUGACUGAACUAAAUGAUGUAUUAUGUAUGCGUGCAUAGAAGCAAAUUUUAUCCUUAUUUAUAUUAAUAUUUAAAAAUUACUAGAAACGUUUGAAAUGUG